UCGACUUCCUGGAGGAAUAAGCCCACUGUCUGAAAUUUAGCAAGAUAGCUAACGUAAAAUAUUUAACGUUACCUGCAUUUUGCUUUCAUUCGGGGCGGCAGAAGCUUUGAAAGGAAGAGAGCCGCAGCUCCCGAGAAAAUGAGCCCAACUCAGUGGGACCUACCCCCGGAGCUGUGCUGCCGGCCCAUGGCCUUUGUUGCUCUAACAGGGCUGGAUGUGGUGUACAACGCUAUCCACAGGGCAAUCUGGGAUGCCUUCUGCGCCAAUAGGAGGGCUGAUAGGGUGCCCAUUUCAUUCAAGGUCCUCCCUGGAGACCACGAAUACCCAAAAUGUAGGACUAAGAGAACGUCCUAUGAGUGGUACAUUCCCAAGGGGAUUCUUAAAACUGGCUGGAUGAACAAGCACCUGAAUCUGGUGCCAGCACUAGUGGUUCUGUUCUAUGAGUUGGACUGGGACGAGCCUCAGUGGAAGGAGAAGCAAUCUGAAUGUGCCACCAAGGUGGAAAUCGUCAGGACAAGUCUGCAAGGAAGAAAUACAAAAGUUGCAGUAGUUUUAAUUCAGAAAAAAACACCUCUUCCCCCAGGGGAAGAUGUGGUGGCCUCAGAGAGGGCUGCAGCACUGUGUAAUGCUUGUGACCUCUCAGGGAAGUCUCUCUUCGUCCUUCCCCACACUGACCAUCUUGUUGGCUACAUCAUCAGGCUGGAGAACGCAUUCUAUGAGCAUGCACAGACGUACUACUACACUGAAAUAAGGAGGGUGAAAUCGCACAAAGAAUUCCUCAACAAAACAACUCACCAGUUGCUGUUUGUAAGACACCAGUUCAAGAUUGCUUUCUUCAGUGAACUGAAGCAGGACACACAGAAUGCAUUGAAGUAUUACAGGACUGCCUACAGCCUUGUGCAUGAGCUCAGAGCCCAUGAGACCAACAUGCUGGAAAUAAAGACCAUGGCUGGCUUCAUCAACUACAAGAUUUGCCGGUUAUGUUUCCAACACAACACACCUCUGGAUGCCAUCGCCCAGUUCAGGAAGCACAUCGAUCUGUGCAAGAAGAAGAUCGGCAGUGCCGAGCUGGCCUUCGAGCACACAGCGUGGAUGUCUAAACAAUUUCAGUCCUUUGGUGAUCUGUUUGAUGAGGCAAUAAAGCUGGGUUUAACAGCCAUCCAGACCCAGAACCCAGGCUUCUACUACCAGCAAGCAGCUUAUUAUGCCCAGGAGCGCAAGCAGCAGGCCGCCCAACUGUGUGGACAUGAGCCAAAUGUGGGCUACCCUAACCCAGAUCCCCUGGAGACUCCCACCGGAGCCCUGGAUUUCUACGGCCAGAGACCCUGGAGACAGGGCCACCAGAGUAUUGACCCACCAGACCCAGAGAAGGAGAAAGGUGGAAUCCUGGCACUGCAAGUGAAGGAAAGAGAGGUCCUACAUUCAGAGCUCAUCAUCGCUCUGCUCAGUAAUGCUGUGGCCCAGUUCAAGAAGUACAAGUGCCCCCGCAUGAAGAGCCAUCUGAUGGUUCAGAUGGGGGAGGAGUACUACCAUGCUAAAGACUACACCAAAGCAUUAAAACUGCUGGACUAUGUGAUGUGUGACUACCGCACAGAGCGCUGGUGGACCCUGCUCACCUCCAUCCUCAGCACUGCGCUCAAGUGCUCCUACCUCAUGGCCCAGGUCAAAGACUACAUCACGUAUUCCCUGGAACUGGUUGGCAGAGCUUCCACUCUACGAGAUGAUCAGAAAUCCAGAAUUGAGAAGAAUCUAAUAAAGGCACUGAUGAAUGAGGUUCCGGAGGCGGAGCCAGACUGUGACACGGCCGCAGUGAAAGCUGCACACAGUCUGUGGAGUGACAGAGUGGCCUUGGCUGGCAACAACGAGUUCACCAUCGAGGUGCAGGACUACGUCCCCUUCAUUCAGUGCAAAGCCAAGUUCCUGUCUCCCAGCUUCCAUGUAGAUAAUCCUGUUCAGAUGCAUGUCUACCUGAGAGCAGACUGUCCUCACCCUGUGCGGUUCUCCAAGCUGUGUGUGAGCCUGAGCAACCAGGAGUACAACCAGUACUGUAUGGUUGAGGGGCCCUGCCAGACUAAGGACAUUCUGGAGCCCUCAACACAAGAGAACAUGUGUCUGGUCCCCGGCAAGACACGGAAGUACACCUUCACGUUUGUGGCCAGAACAGAGGACGUGGGCAAGAAGAUUGAGAUCACAGCAGUGGACCUGAUGCUCGGCAGCGAAAAUGGACGCUGCGUCUUCCUUAACUGGCGCGGGGGAGGGGGUGACGCAGCCUCUUCCCACGAGGCCUUGCAGGCGAUGCGUUCCUUCAAGAGGCGGAGUCAUCUCCCGGAGCAGCAGGUGGACUGGGACACGGUGUCCAUCCAGGCCAGCACCAUGAUUAUUUCCCGUGUUCCAAGGAUCUCGGUGCAGCUCCGUCAUGAGCCUCCUGCUCUGAAUAAUGAGAUAUACUGCAUGAUGGUCACCAUCCAGUCUCAUGAGGACACGGCUGCCAAGGACGUCAAGCUCACAGCUGGGCUGAAACCAGGUCAGGAUGCAAACCUCACACAGACAACCCACGUGACCUUAACCAGCUCUGAAAUGUGUGAUGACUCCCAUCCUGCACUGCUCCCUGACAUUUCCAUUGGUGACCUGCAGCCAGGCCAGAAGGUGGAAAAGCCGAUUUACAUCCGCUGUGUCACAACUGGAUCCAGAAUCUUCCUCUUUCAUGUGUCCUAUGCUGUGAAUACCACAGUACAAAACAAGGAAAUCAUAUGCAAGUGUCACAAAGAUGAAACUGUUACCAUUGAAACUGUUGUUCCGUUUGAGGUUGCUGUGAAGUUUGUAUCCACAAAAUUUGAGCACCUGGACCGCGUGUAUGUGGACAUCCCCUUCCUGCUGAUGACAGACAUCCUCAGCGCAUCCCCCUGGCCCCUGCAUUUGGUGUCCAGUCACCUUCAGCUGGCGCCCUCCAUGGCCGCUGUGGACCAGCCCCAGUCACAGGUGGAGCGGGUAGUCCUACAGACUGGGGAGUGCGCCAGCGAGUGCUUCUGUCUCCGGUGUCCCCCUGUGCUGAAUGGGACAAGCAGCGUGGCGUCCGGACAGUACGUCAUCUCCUGGAAGAGGAAAUCUGCUUCUGAGAAUGUGCCAGUUGUUGACACAGUGGUUACACUCCCCCAUGUCAUUGUAGAGAGCAUUCCAUUAUAUAUACAUGCUGAGCUGCCGUCGUUUGGGCGAGUGCGAGAGUCCCUGCCGGUGAAGUACCACAUCCAGAAUCGCACUGGGCUGGUGCAAGAUGUGGAGAUGUCUGUGGAGCCCAGCGAUGCCUUCAUGUUCUCUGGCCUCAAGCAGGUGCGAUUGCGCAUUCUGCCAGGCACUGAGCAGGAGAUGCUGUAUAACUUGUACCCGCUGAUGGCAGGGUACCAGAGCCUGCCGUCUCUCAACAUCAACCUGCUGCGCUUUCCUGGUAUCAGCAGCCAGCUGCUGCGCCGCUUUCUGCCCUCACGCAUCUUUGUUAAGCCACAGGGGCGACAAGCAGAUGACACCUCCAUUGCAGCUGCUUAG